GAUAAUCAAAGUGCCUAGAACCUAACGAUGAUUGUAAGAAGAUUUCAUAGGAUUCCAAGUUUAUUAUAUGAAAAACCUACAAAUUUAAAGAAUAAAAAACUUAGUUCACAAAAAUGGAUACUUCGUCAAUUAAAAGAUCCGUAUGUGGAAAUGGCAAGGCAAGAGAAUUAUCGAUGCCGCAGUGCAUUUAAACUUCUUGAAAUAAAUAAGAAGUACAACAUUCUACAGCCUGGCUUUUGUGUAGUAGAUUGUGGUGCAGCUCCAGGAAGUUGGACUCAAGUCGCUGUUAAACUAACAAAUUCGAAUGAAAAAGUUGUUGAUCAACGAAGAGGAAAAGUUAUCGCAAUCGAUAUUUUACCUAUCCACGAUAUAGAAGGUGCAACCACUUUGGGAAAUUUAGAUUUUACAACUAAUGAAACUUUUACAAUGGUAAAAGAUUGUUUAAAGCCAAAAUUUGCCGAUGUUGUAAUGUCGGAUAUGGCUCCCAACGCUACUGGUAUAAAAGAAUUGGAUCAUGAAAACAUUAUUAAACUUGCGUAUUCAGCAUUCAAAUUUGCAAUUUUAUCAAGUACAUAUAACGCGACGUUAAUUGUAAAAGUAUGGGAUGGUACUGAAUCGCUUGGUUUGGAAAAGGAUAUAGAAAAGUUUUAUAAAAAUGUUAAAAUAGUAAAACCUGUCGCAUCUAGAUCCGAAUCAUCGGAAAAGUUCAUACUUGCACGUGGUUUUAAAGGACUAAGCCCACUUUAUUUGUUAAAUAACUAAAUU